AUGGAGGCUUUAAAGACAGCCUCCAGGAUGGAGAGCGAUCGCAGCGUCACCACGUGGGCAAUCUCUGGAAGUCCCCUAAAGGAUGCUCUUCAGGAGGAUGUGCUGACAGGGCGAGUAAUUGGAGGCCACGAGGCCGAACCACACGUCUGGAAGUGGCAGGUAUCGCUCCAGGUUGCCUAUGCCGACUACCCGGGGUACUACUCUCACAUUUGCGGUGGAACCCUUAUCACUGGCAAAUGGGUCAUGACUGCAGCCCAUUGCCUCAGCAUGCCACCAGGAUCAACCUACCGAGUGGCUCUGGGUGAGCACAAUCUCUUGAAGGUGGAUGGCACCGAGUACUAUAUUGGUGUGGAUAGUGCCUUCAUUCAUAGCGGCUGGAAUCCCAACAACAUCGCCAAUGGCUACGACAUUGCCCUGCUGCGCCUCGAAUCUCCUGCCUAUGACAACGGGUUCGUUGAGCUGGCACUGCUUCCACCUGAAGGAGAAAUUUUGCCCAAUAACUAUCCCUGCUAUCUUACCGGCUGGGGGGUCGUUAGCGUGGGUGGCAGCGGCACGGAUACACUGCAGGAGGUGAUGCUGCCGGUGGUCGACCACGCCAUCUGCUCCCAGGACGACUGGUGGGGAUCUCAAGUAAAAACCACUAUGAUCUGUGCAGGUGGAGAUGGCGUGAAGGCUGGAUGCAGUGGGGACUCUGGGGGCCCUCUCAGCUGCUACAAAGACAAUAGCUGGCAAGUCCACGGGAUUGUCAGUUUUGGGCUGGUUCCUUACUGUAACACCUACAAGAAGCCAACAGUCUUCACACGUGUGUCAGCCUACGUGGACUGGAUCCGCAGAACUAUAACGGAUAACGGGGGCUUCUAGAGAAGGAUCAGCUGGUGCACGAAUAUGAGAAGAGCUAGAAUGAAGUAUCUCUGCUUAUUAACCCACCUCUUGUCCCUUCUACACCUCUUUGGGCUA